AGUUUUAUGAUAAUUGUUAAUAGGCAAAGGACAAUGAAUUUAGCUUAUAAACGAUGAAUGAAAGACGGUGCCAGAUCCUAGGGUCCAAAAUGUGAUCCGACUGCAAAUUUUUUGAUCCCCCAUCAUGAUGAUCCAUUCCCAAUAGUUGGCUAUACAUGCCUUUUUAUUAGAACUGUUACUUCUAGAAUGAGUUUUCUAUUCAAAAUGGAAAGAUACGUGACGGAAUGUAAUAUGUUAUGUAUCUGCAGCAAAUUCUUGGUGAGCGAUUUCUUGAAUAUGAAAAGUUUGAAACCACCACUGAGGGCUUUCUUGAGGAUAUUUGUGCUGAUUAUUUCAGACAAGUUGCUUAGUUUAAGGGCUUAAUGGUGCCACAACUGCAAGGACCUCCCUACAAUGUCCCUGAAAUUGAGAGGUUACUUAAUGGAUUCAAUCAUUUCAGCACACUUUUUGGAGCUGUAAAAGUGACACAUCAGAUCAACAUCAUGAAGGAUUGCCUGAAGCAUGGAGAUUUUGAAGCGUCCAAGGUUACGUUUGAGGGUAUUAAAUGGGAAUGUGAGAUUCUGCAGUCCAAACUAGAGAAUUACUUCAAGACGAGGAAACAAGGUCCACCUGCUGAGAUUGACGACAAACCUGAGUACGGGUAUAUGGAUUCUGACAGCGAGUAGGAAUUGGCGUCUCGCGUCAGCCAACGCUUUGAGAAAAUAUAUCUUUUAAGUGAGUGGAUGGAGUAGCUGAAUGUGUGUGGAAAUUAAUGGGAACUUCAAUGUGCUUUUUCUUUGUGUCCGCAAUUGCAGUGUUAAAAACUUGAGUCUGUGAUCUGAAGUCUACUUUUGGUCUUGUUACUCUGUAAUUUAAUUUUCAUGUUGCUUAUGCAAGUUCGUGGAAUAGUCUCUUUUUAUGUUCCUUUUCUCCAAUUGCUUUGUUGUUUUUGAGAUGGUUUUGGAAUUGCAUUAUAACGUGAUAAUAACAAUCUGGUAU